AUGGCUAACUCUGGUAACAAUUCUCCAGCCGGUGUUACUGAUGCCAUCAACACAAACAGUCAAACAAUAUUCACAAUCAACAUGACAAGUGUGUCCAAGCUAACCUCCACAAAUUACCUCAUGUGUAGUCUACAAGUGCAUGCUCUUCUUGAUGGCUACGAUUUGGUUGGUCAUCUCGAUGGAUCCAUCCUGGUUCCGCAACCUACGCUCACUGUUGCAGAUGUAGUUUCAGUCAACCCAGCGUACACCAUAUGGAAACGCCAAGACAAGUUGAUCUUCAGCUCGUUGAUUGGCGCCAUAUCCACUCCGAUCCAGCCCAUUGUCUCUCGUGCCACCACUGCUGCUGAAGUGUGGCAAACAUUGGCGACAACCUAUGCCAAACCAAGUAGGGGCCAUAUCAAACAACUUAAGCUCCAACUUAAGCAAUGGAAGAAAGACACCAAAACCAUUGAUGUCAAAAUAGCAAAGAAUAGUCCAAAAUGGAGCAAAAGGAGUCAAAUCACCAAGUUCCCAAGUCUAGAGCACCAAAAUCUACAUUUCUCGCUAGAGACCAAACCGGAGCAUCCGAAGUACGGCCGCGUAUUCAUGCCUUCCCGACGUCCAAAAGUCAUGAUUCUUAUAUGGAAAGAUAGAUAUUUGAGUUGUGACACGCGGCGAAGUGGAAAGAGGUCAUUUGGAUCAUUAAUUUGGCCGGAACUUAAUUUCUACCAAGACAUGUCCGGAAAACGCCCAAGUAGAGCUCGUGGAGACUUUGACGUAUCUAUAGGCCCAAGCCACCGCGCCAAAGGCCUUAGCUCGUCUUAA